AAGAAGCGUCUUGGGUCCCUCUCUCUCUCUUCUUCUAAUCAUCGUCUCUCUUCUCUUCGCUUCUCUCUCUCUUGCUCGCGCGUCUCAAUCAGUUCAAUCUCUGCAAUACGCAUAUGCGCCAAUACAUGGUUGUAACGAAAUUGCAGUGACGGCGGCGCAAUUUUGACCGGCAAGAUGUACAGAGAAUCGUCCAAGCGUGGUGGUAGAGGAGGAGGAGGAGGCGGUGGCGGGGGACCUUCUCGUAACCGUAAUUCAUUCCCUCCUCCUACUAACCGACAUCCUUCUCCCGUCGGGAGGAUGUCUUCUGGUGGCUCCGCCGUCUCACGCCAGCGGAAUAAUACUACGAGCGUUAAGGCGGCUGCGUCGACCGCGUCUGUUCGGUCUGUUGAGGAAACGUUUAGUCUUGUUCCUAGGGAGAGUCCUUCGGCUUUUGGGAUGAUUAUACGGUUAGCUCCUGAUUUGGUGGAGGAGAUCAAGCGUGUUGAGGCACAAGGUGGAGCUGCCAAGAUCAAGUUCGAUGCGUUUCCUAACAAUAGCACUGGGAAUAUAAUUAAUGUUGGUGGAAAGGAGUUCAAAUUUACUUGGUCUAGGGAGCGUGGUGACUUGUGUGAUAUAUAUGAAGAACAUCAAAGUGAUGAAGAUGGAAAUGGUUUGCUGAUUGAGGCUGGAUGUGCUUGGCGAAAAUUGAAUGUCCAGCGAACUCUAGAUGAGUCAACCACAAGCCAUAUGAAGAUGCGCUCAGUUGAAGCUGAGCAGAGAACCAAAUCACGCAAGGCAAUUGUUUUAGAUCCUGGGAAUCCAUCAGUAACUAAGCAGUUAGCUCUUGCUGAAGGAAGUCCAUGGAGAAUGUCAAAUAAACAGAAGAAGGAACCUCCGCCUAAGAAGCGGAAAGUUGAUCCACCUCCAGUUCCAAUCGGAGGUCCGAAGCCUUCUUUCAGACCAGGGGCUUCUACCCCUGCUGUGAAAAAUAGGCUAUCAGCUUCACCGGGACCGUCUCCUAUUAAUCAAAACAAUACGCCUCCUUCAUAUGAGAUUGGGAAUAUUACUAAAACUCAUGCAGCUAACGAGAAUGUCACACCAGUCCUGACAAAGGGCAGAGAGAACAUGCUUGGUAGCGAAAAAGAAUCAUCAACCUGGAAAAAUAAUGCAUUAAGGGACACAUCUGAGCGCCAAGCAACCAAUGUUAAUGAAGAAAUUGACUUGCAGACCCUGUUGGUUGAUAUCCUAAAAGAGGCUCCCAUGAGUUCGAAGGCUUUGGAGAAAGCUGUUGGAGAUAGAAUCCCUAAUGCUGCAAAGAAAAUUCAACCAAUUUUGAAAAAAAUCGCUACUUUCCAAGCUCCAAGGUAUUUCUUAAAACCAGAAGCAGAGUUGGGAAGUGAUAAAAAACACUCACCUAACAGUGGAAGUUCACCUGAACACCAGCAAGUGCUACCAAUCACUGAGUGCAGUCGCGAUCAGUUACCUGUUCCAGGGGGAAAUAACAUGGAGAAACUUUCUGUGUACGAGCGAAACGGAGAAGGUUCACUAGACUGUUUACCUUUGCAUCUAGCAGAGCAAUUGAGUAUGCUCAAUGUUGACAAUGAGCAUCAUUCACCUGGUAUAUUUCAUGAAGAAAAAGGAUCUGACAAUAGAGAAGGCCAGGCUCGUAGCUCUAGUGAUAGUGACAGUGAUAGUGAUAACAGUGACAGUGGGAGUGACAGUAAAAGUGCAGCUGGAAGUGACAGUGGGAGCAGCAGUGACAGUGAGGCUUCUUCCAACAGUAAGGACGGUUCUGAUGAGGACGUGGAUAUCAUGGGUGAUGGUGACAGAGAGCCUCUACUGACAAUACAGUCCGCUGAACGGGGUGCAAUUAAUCUCCCAGGUCAUGGUUCUAGUGCUGUUGAAAUCGAGGGUCAUGAUUCUGAUGCUGUCGACAUUGAAGGUCAUGAUUCUGAUGCAGUUGACAUCGAUGGUCAUGGGUCUGAUGCAGUUGAUGUCGAGGGGAACAGUUCAGAUGAGGGUCAUGGCUCUGAAACUGACAGAAACAAAAUUUCUGAUAAUAAUUGGAGAACGGAAACAACAACUGGUACCAGCCUCACUGCAAAUGAAGAAGUUGGCAUUUCAGGGCAGGAACAUUUUGCUUCUGGUCAUGACAAGCUACGAGAGCGCCAAGAUUUUAUUGGACAGUUGUUUGAUGACACAGAGAAUACAACAAAGGAUAACUUUAAAAGUGACAAACCUGACAUCUCCGAGAGUCUGACAAAAGACCAGAACCAAAAAGCCCUUGAUCUUGAGCACUACAGUCAGAUAUCAGCUCGGGAGAAAAAGUUAAAAUCCCAGAGCUGUAAACAGUUACCUGCCAUAGGUAAAGAUUCACAGCGUUCAGAGCUAAAGUAUGAUGCAGAACUUCGCAACUCUUCUGCCAGUCAAACAAUAGAUCCACUUAGAGGAUCUCAGAAGUCAUUUAUUGAAAAGUCGAAUAGACAUGGUCAAAUGAAGCCUGUUGAUAGUUCAGGUAAAUCAAACAAACAUUCUGAUGCCUUAGGAUAUGUUCGUAAAUCUGACGAAGGGGACCAUUUUCCUCAUGAAAUGCUUUCUGGUCGGUCAGGAAAGGCCUUCAGGGACAGCCAAAGAGAUGAUGUUCAUUUGAAAAAUAAGUUUCCAAGGAAUAAAAAAGAUGGUGAUUCAGCCAUUCGACCUUCAUUACCUACCGAGACAUCUGAUAGAAAACACUUUGAACUGGAUGGAAGUGAAAAGGAUCCCAAGAAUGUUUCAAGCUUGAGCAUAGUUUCUUCUCCCUUAGAUAGCCAGAGAAUACAUGGGGCGAAAUUACCUAAGGGAAAUGGAUCUGUCCUCCAAAAACAAGUUUCCGAAUUGGAGUUGGGUGAACUCCCUGAGCCAUCGAGCGAAGAUACAGCAUUGAAGCCACUCGAAGAGAAAACUUCGUUUAGGCAGUCAAAUUUAAAACCAAGCACUUCCGAGAAAUUGGGUAUCGACUCGGAUAGACGAAGGUCUAAAAAAUCUGACUCAAAAAAGUCAGCUCCUCCACAUGCUAUCAACGGUAUCAAAGAAUUUCCCGAACAUGUUGUUGAAGAUUCAGAAAGAUCCCAAAAGUGGGUUUCGCAGUCACAUGGGCAGAACCUUACAGGUAGGGAUAAUGAAACCGGCUCACAGAACACAAAUUUAGAGGAUGCAGCUUAUAAAUCAAGACAAAAAGAUAGUAGAGCUAGAGUAGGAAGCAGUGUGGAAGGUUAUGGAGAGACAAACAAAAAAACGCCUGUUAUAAAGCAUGGCUCCAAACGAGCAUCCACAUCCCGCUCAUCAAGGGAGAGCAAAAGACAUGCGUCUGGCUCAAUUUCAAAUUCUAUGAAUGGACACAAAGAUGCAACUUCAAUACCAGGUGACAGUGUUGUCCGGGAGAAACGAAUGACAUCUUUCGAUGAAGAAGACUCUUCUUAUUUGAAAUACGAGAAAGCUUCUCCUGAGCUUAAGGGACCUAUUAGUGAUCAUUUACAGUAUAAAGCCUAUAUGCAGGAAUAUAUGGAAAAAUAUGAUAGCUAUUGCUCCAUUAACAAUAUAUUAGAGGGCCACAGAAAUGACUUUCAGAAGUUGGGGCAAGACCUUGAGUUUGCAAAAGGAAGAGAUGUGGAGAGAUAUAACAAAAUUGUGGAGCAGAUACAGGAAUCUUAUUGCAAAUAUGGGGAGAGGCACAAACGUUUGAAGAAAGUAUUUGUUGUUCUCCACGAAGAAUUGAAGCAACUGAAACAAAAAAUGAAAGACUACGCAUUAUCUCAUGGAAAAGACUGAUGGAGAUGGGACCAAAAACUCUCUGGAUCUCACAAUACUCAAAGGUGAAACGAGGAGGUGUUUGGUAUUCUCCUUCUUUGGAGUCAUCUUGUUGAAAAUUAGCUGUGUUUUUUUCUUCUUGUGAAAUUAGAAAUGAUUCAUAGGCCCAAUUUUGUGUGAGCUGUACUUAGGGGAGGACCUUUGGUAGUUUUUUUUUUUAUAAUAUAAAUUUGUUGCAGGUGGUUUAGUUUGGUCACUGGAUAAAACUAAUAUGUACAUGGGAAUUCAAGAUCAAUGUAGAUUCUUCUAGCUCUGUUUUAUUUCA